GUAGAAAAGCAAGCGACAGGAUUGGCCCAGUCAACGGAGCUCUGCGUGCGGCGUUGCAUUCUCACAUUAGACCUCCCCCCCUCCCCCUCCUCGCCGGGCACUUAAAAGCACUCCAGCGUGAGUGAGCGUCAUUGCUUGGUAUCUUCACCCCAAAAAAAUUCCGUUUACCCCACAUCCCGCCACCUUUCCGACAGGUGGGCCGGACGACGCUACGUGUUCCCCGAGCUACACUGCCUGCUCUGUAUCUAUUACGCUACCUGCUACCAUCCUGCGGCGCUGCCCCUCUUUUCUUUGUUCCUCUCCUUCCCUUUCUUAGCGGAGGGGUUGUCGCACUGUUCUUUGAAGAAGACGACUGUUCUAAUACUCCAUUUCGGCCUGUUUUCUUGUUGUUUAUUUCCCACCCUCCGCCCCCCAGCACACAAACCCGACAUCUCAUCAUGGCGUCCGCGUUCAAGUCGCUCGUCUCCAGCGCCAAGAAGCUCGCCCUCGGCACCAGCCACGGCGUGCCCGCGCAGGAGCUGUUCCCCAAGACGGACCCGGCCGUCGACGGCGAUGACUGCGACCACGACUGCGAGAGCUGCCACGUCAAGUACCCUAAGGGCUUCAACAUUGACGAAACGGACGAGCUGUACGGCCACGUCAAGGGGUGGAGCACCCACGCCCUCGUCGCGACAGGCAAGAGCGACUGGGUGAGGGACGUCGCCGACGAGAAGGGCAGCGUGAUGGAGGCCGUUGGCAAGGCUGCCGCGCCGAGCAAUGGAAAACUGAUGCUGUCCGCUUCCAACAUUCCGACCCCGACACACUCGAGCGACUACUCCGAACCUACGACAGUCCUCCUCCUCCCCGCCUUCGUCAUCAUCGACCACGUCACUCCGCAGCGCGUCCCCGAGCUGAUCACCGAGUUCGUCGACAAAGCACCGACAAACACCUCACCCCUUGCGCCCCUCACCCUCCCCACGUCCGUACCCGCGCCGACACCUUCCGGCGCGCCGAGUAUACCCCCCGCGAUCUCCCGCCGCCCGUGCCCGCACAGCGCCAUCAUCCUCCUCUGCUCGCAAAGGACGCGCGACGCCCGCUGUGGACAGUCGGCGCCGCUGCUGCGCAAAGAGCUGGAGCGCCACCUGCGGCCUCUGGGCCUGUUUCGCGAUCUGGACGACGAGCGACCCGGCGGCGUGGGCAUCUACUUCAUCUCGCACGUUGGCGGGCACAAGUAUAGUGCCAACGUCAUGGUCUACCGUCGCCCGGACGCCUUCGGGCUCGACAAUGUGGAACGUGCCAAGGUCACCGCCGAAGAUGAGCUGAGGCCUAAGGCGAGGACGGCGGCGCUGCCCGAGACGGAGGACGUGGGCGCCGCGCAGUGCAUCUGGCUGGCGAGGAUCAAGCCUGAGGACUGCGAAAACCUGGUGCGGUAUACGGUCCUGCAGGGCAAGCUGGUCAAGCCCGAGACGCAGCUACGUGGCGGUUUUGACCGCGCGAAGGGGAUGAUGAGCUGGUGAAGAGGGUUUCGGACGGAGAGGCCUUUUGGAAAGCAAAUUCUGGCUCAUUCAUUAACGGAACUAGAGCCAUAUGGACUGUGCGUUUCGGCGUUUCGGCGGGUACACACGGAGGGAGGAAGUACGGCAGGCGGUUCUGCGUAGAACGGCUACAUGGUCGGCAUAUCGGUCGGAUAGAACUGGCUGGGUAGAACUGACCGAGGCAGUCAAUAGACACACUAUUAGACGUGAGGCAUCAAGAAA